GACUCCGCCCUACGGCCACGCCCCCAUGCCUGAGGGUAGCGGAGCCGAGCCGCCUUCUUCUUUCUUUCCGCCGCCGGCAGCCCUAUGGCCGGGCGCAGCCGCCCCCCGCCGGCAGCCGCCGUGGCUUCCUCCUCCUCGGGUCUGGAGCGGCCGUGGGGCGGCCCCGCCGUUGGCCCUCCCGGCAGCCCUGGGGAAGAGGCCAAUCCCUUUUCCUUUAAGGAGUUUGUGCGGAGCAAGAACCAAAAUGUUGCGGCUGCAACCGUGCUGGAGGCAAAGAGUGCUGGCGAUGUCACCCUGGAAUCGGGGGCAGGCAGCAGCCCCAAGGAUCCCUUGAGGUUUUCCUUUCUGCUAGACGACAGCUCCUUAUCUCCUGGGUCGCUGGGUUUGGGAUUGCGGGAGCCGUUUGCCCCAGACCUGAUGGCUACAAACUCCUUGCUGGAGGCUGAAGAUGAUGACAACGAAUGGAGCAGCACCUACCAGCCAUCUGCUGUUGAAGAAGCUGCCUUGGGCUGGGAACCGAGUGCCUCACUGAGCAGCACCUAUGACUCUUUUUAUGGCAACCCCUCUGACCUGUCUGAGCUGCAUUCAUUUUCUCCUUGGAAGCUGGUGGGGAAGGAGGACCAAAGCUCACCUGGGGAUGGAACAGUGACAGGAGGUGGCUUUUAUCCGUCUCGCCAGUUGAGCUACGAAGAAUUGAAAGAAGAAAAUUCCAAGUUACGAAGUAAGAUCAGCCAUCUUCAAGCUGUUUCUGAGGCUCGGGCAGAGAGAGUAAAAGAGCUGGAAAGAACUCUAGAGGAGAGUAAGUGGAAAGAAGAGAGAGAGGCCCGUGACUUGGAGGCGAUGGUGCAGCAGGUGGAGGAGAACCUUGAGCGAAUGACGAAACGGGCCAUGAAAGCGGAAACGAGCACUGUGAAACUGAAGCAGGAAAACACGCUCCUUCAGGUUCAAAUGGAGAACUACAGGUUGGGAAAUGAAGCCUUGAAGUCUGGCCAUUUAGCAAACCUGGCUGUAGUGAAACAAAAUGCAGAUGUUGCCUUGCAGAAUCUUCUCACUGUCAUAACAAAGUCUCGAUCAUCAGUCAAGCAGCUGCUCUCUGGCGCAGAAGAGUUGCAGCUUGUGGCUGAACUCCUAAAGUCUAUAGAUAAAAUCUCUGAGGUACCUCAAGCUUCUCCAUGAAAACCACUGCAUCAACGCGUAGGCAAAGACUUCUUGGAAACCAUUGUUUAGAACAAGGGGUGGAGGGCCUUUCUCUAAUCCCAAGGGCUGCAAUUCCUCAUAAGUACAAGGACUGCAUGCCUGUGGUGUGGACGGGGCCAAAGCCACAGACAUACCCACCUACGUCUUCACCUAUUCAUUCAUUCAUCCAUCCAUCCAUUUAGCUGCUUUGCUGCUCAGCCGCCUCAUCCUUUCUUGUCUCUGCCAUCCCUCUCCUCAUGCUCUCCAGUUCCGCCUUCUACCUCCUUGCUUCACCCUCCACCUUUGCUCCUGCCUGGCUUGCCUCAGCCACCCAAGGGGAACUAUGCACAGCCCACCUGAAGGAGGUGGACUGAGCCAAGAGGUGGAGCUAAAACUGCACGAGUGCCCAAGUGCUUCUGCCCGCGUAUGCAGACCAUUGCACAUACUGGAGAAUGCCUGGUGGGUAUGGAGGGGCAGAACCCCACGGAGAAGGUGGCAUUGCUCCACACAGAGCAAACGGCAUCUGUCAGUGGAAUUUUAAAAGAUGUCUUCCUGCAAAUCUUAAAACGUCUGAAGACUACUUUAAAAAGUAUAUGCAGUCCUUGAAUACUAUAUUCUGGUUCAGUGCUGAGCAUUUCCUAGCCUAUUAAUACAAUGUGGGGAAGGUCAGUCCCUUUUCUGUUUCACUGGGACGGACUGCCAGUCAUCUGCACAAAAUCUAGUUUAAACUUUCAAGGUCUAGUGGUGAAUUGAUCUUGGGGAUGGUUGUUCUUAUCAUGGGCUUCUGUUCAGAAUGAAGGUUUGGCUUUUGUCACCUAAAGCUUCUCUGUUUUGUUUACUUGUAUUUAUAUAUGUGGCUGCUUGAUAAAGUGUGUUCUCCAGGCCCUGCACAUAAAACACUAAAACAUUUUUUUUUAAAUUCAGUAUUGUAAAAUCACAGUUUGCAGCAUAACAUACUUUUUCCUAACAGAAAAAGAAGAUAAAUAAAAGUGUUCAGCUUGUAAGCAUUUGCUAAAAACAUGAUAAUUGAGUACUUUUUAAAAUCACAGGUUUUUUAAAGGCCUGGAACAAUUUUCAAAACAGCAUUUAUCUAGCAUCAAAAAGACAAGAAAAGUGCCAGGAAAGUCUCUGAGGGGAGACUGUCCCAUAGCUGGAGUGCCACCAUCUAGGAGACUGUAUCCCUAGUGCCCCCCCAUCAGAGGCAUAUGGCACAGGGCCUCUGGAAAAGGUCUGGUAGGGUUGGUGCUGUAUGAACCAAGGCAAGAGAUCUCAACCAUCUCGUUAUAUAGCAAAAGAGUAUUGGGUUGAAAUGAGCACUUCUCAGAUGCAUUGCUCUGAAGCUUUCUUCAUUCCUCUGGGUUUUGUAACUGUUAUUUUUAAAUUAAAAUGAAAUUAGAAGUUCUGUUUGGUUUUGCUAUAAUUGUGCAAAUCCUUUCAUUAUCUUUUGAUGGUUGCUGAGGGAAAAAUAGGUCCAAGUGGCAUGCAUCAUUCUUUUAAAAUAAAGUGUUGUCUUUUAUUUAAAAGGAACGCACACCAUUUGUCACUUCCAUUUGCAUGGGUGGUCCUAGUUUCUAUCUGCUACUUGCUGAAAUGAUAGGACAGCUCACUUCUUCCCAUGAUUCUUUGACCAGCAGAUGCCAGUUAAUUGCCAAAUAACUACCUGCAAUGUUUGUUUUUAUUUAUUGCAUGGAUAUCCACCCAGGCAGGUUACCAUUCUGAAGUACAGAAUGAAAGGAAGGAUAUAAAAUAUAACGUGUGAAUUUGGCCCCCUGGGGGAGAAGGCUCUGAUGCUGAAUUUGCAUGUGUAUUCCUCUCUCUCAUUUUUAGAUUUGUAUUAAAUUCUUUAUGGAGCAAAUUAAUUUAUUAAAUGUAUAUCUCGCCCUUCCUCCUGGAAGGGAAGGCUGCUAAGAAACCAAAUAAAUACGGGCCAGUGUGGCUCCUUUAUGGCCAUAUUAUGUGCACCAGCUCUUCUUUCUCCUUCCUCUAUUGAGCUGGGGCAGGCAAGGAUUCAAAUCCCCACUCCGAAGUGGAGCUCACUGGGUGAGCUUUGGGGGCAGCCAGUCACACUCUCCCCCUCUCUCUCUCUCUCAGCCUAGUCUACCUCACAGGGUUGUGAGGAGGAGAACCAUGCACACCACCUUGAGCUCCUUGCA